AUGCCCGAGAUCAAAAUCGGAAACUACCUCUUCACCCGCCUCAAACAACUCGGCGUCUCAACCGUCUUCAGCGUCCCAGGAGACUACGAGCUCGCCCUUCUCGACCUGAUAGGCGACUCGGGCGUCGAGUUCGCCGGCAACCCGAACGAGCUGAUCGCCGCCUAUGCCGCGGACGGCUACUCGCGUCUCAAGGGCGUUGGCGCUUGGGUCGACACCUAUGGCCCCGGUGAGCUGAGCUCGUAUUGUGGGCAGGCGGGCCAGUAUACGGAGCUUGUGCCGGUGGCGCAUGUGGUUGGGUACCCAGGGCGGGAUGCAAUGCGCGGCCACAUGGUCAUGCAUCAUACCCUCGGCACGAGCGAGUUCGACAUGUUCGAGAAGAUGGCCAGUCAAAUCUCCGCGACCACCACCGUGCUGCUGAAUCCCAAGACCACAGCUGCAGAGAUCGAUCGCUGCCUCACAACCAUGCUGCAGGAGAGCCGACCGGUGUAUAUCGGUGUGCCGGUCGAUAUGUCGCAUCUUACCUGCGAUAGCUCGGGACUGGACAAGCCGAUCCAUGGUGAGCUGCCACCCAAUGAGCCGGAGCUCGAGAAGGGGGUGGUAGGUGACUUGCGCAUGCUGCUGGAGCAGAAGAAGUCGCCCAUCUUCAUUGUCGAUGGCAAUGCGUGUCGCAAUUACGUGACGGAGGAGUGCGGGAUGCUGGCGAAGCUGACCGGAUUGCUGACCUUCACGACCAGUAUGGGCAGGGGAGGUAUUGAUGAGGAGUUGCCGAACUUCGGUGGUGUGUGUUCAGGGCUUGGAUCGUACAAGGAGGUUCGCGAGGCUGUUGAGGGUUCGGAUGCGGUGUUCUGGAUUGGAAACUUCCCGAGCGACUUCAACACCGGUGAGUUCACGGAGAAGGUCGGGGUGGAUGUGGCUGUCGACUUCCAACGUUUCUUUGUCAAGAUCGGCGCCAAAAAGUUCUUGCUGAAGAUGAAGUACCUGCUGCGAGCACUGAUCAAGAGCCUAGAAGACAAACCAUUAGCCAGGACGUCCACCGCCAAGGUCGAUUGGGAUCCUUACCCAUUGGCCAACAUUGAGAAGAGCCCAAAGUUGACCCAGGACUACCUUUGGGCGGCGACUUCAUCAUCGGCGAGACCGGUACCUCCGCCAUACGGCAUCUCAGCCAGCAAGCUACCCACCACGGCAUCAAUGUUCAACCAGACGGUCUUCGGGUCGAUCGGAUACGCCACGGGUGCGAUUGUUGGGGCUGCCAAAGCCAUCAAGGAGAACAAAGCGUACAGGCGCUGCAUCCUCGUCACUGGUGAGGGCAGUCUCCAGCUCACGGCGCAAGCGUUCGCGGAUAUGCUGAAGCUGGAGCUGAAUCCUUAUCGUCUUUCUGACUGUAUUUCCAGAAUCAUCCUCAACAGCGCGGCUACACCGUGGAACGCCAUCCAUGGCAAAGACGCCCCAUACAACAAAGUCGGGGAGUGGGACUACUCGCUUCUGGCGAAGACCUUCGGUCCUGCCUUCCCAUCCAAGUACUGGGGCCAGAUCGAUACAUGCGAGGGACUGGAGGAGGUGUUCGCGGACAAGGAGUUCAAUGAGGGGGAAAUGUGUAGGGUGUUGGAAUUGAAGCUGGGGUACUUGGAUGCACCGGCGAAUAUUCUUGCGUUGGGGCCGGCGAUUGAUGGGUUUAAUAGGAAGAAGUAG